AUGUCUACCAUGGCCAGCGGCGCGAAGUUGGAGGCGUCGCAUCCUCCCAAGGCGGCGAAUGCUCCAGCCCCUGCAAAAAAAGUCCAUUAUCCUUUCUGGUUCGGUGGUUCAGCAUCAUGCUUUGCGGCUGCCGUUACUCACCCUCUGGAUCUCGUGAAGGUCCGCCUGCAGACCCGCGGGCCUGGCGCCCCCUCGACUAUGGUCGGCACAUUCGUGCAUGUGUUCAAGAAUGACGGAUUCUUCGGUCUUUACAGCGGGUUGUCCGCCGCCAUUCUGCGCCAGCUGACCUACUCCACCACACGAUUCGGUAUCUACGAGGAACUCAAGAACCACUUUACCUCCCCCGACUCGCCUCCUGGCCUCUUCACCCUGAUCGGUAUGGCCUCUGCCUCCGGCUUCAUCGGUGGCAUGGCUGGUAACCCCGCCGACGUUCUGAACGUGCGCAUGCAAUCCGACGCUGCUCUCCCUACCGCUCAACGCCGUAACUACCGCAACGCGAUUCACGGAUUGGUGACAAUGACGCGCACCGAAGGUCCCGCCAGCUUGUUCCGCGGUGUGUGGCCGAACUCGACCCGUGCUGUUCUCAUGACAACGUCGCAACUGGCCUCGUACGAUACCUUCAAGCGCCUGUGUCUUGAGAAGCUCGGCAUGUCUGAUAACAUGGGAACGCAUUUCACUGCCUCCUUCAUGGCUGGAUUUGUGGCUACCACUGUCUGCAGUCCCGUUGAUGUGAUCAAGACUCGUGUCAUGAGCGCUUCUCCGGCUGAAGGCCGCAGUCAGAGCAUCGUUGGACUGCUCCGCGAUAUCACUAGAAAGGAGGGCCUCGCAUGGGCUUUCCGUGGUUGGGUGCCGAGCUUCAUUCGUCUCGGUCCUCACACCAUUGCUACGUUCAUCUUCCUUGAGGAGCACAAGAAGCUCUACCGCUUGUUGAAGGGGCUUUGA